CGACGAACGCUUCCAAUUACGAUUCCACGCUUUUACAGUUUAUUGGAACAAAAGAGUCAAUCGGAAACAUUUGAGUCUUAUUACGUUCAACAUUUUAGAAAUUUCGUUGGCGUAUUUAAACUAGUGUUUGAGGAUGACUUAUUCAAUUGAAAAAGCUGUUGAAGAAGGAGUUGUUCUUGGUAUGGGUAACCCAUUGCUCGACGUAAGUGCCAAUGUUGAUGCGUCGUUGUUAAAAAAAUAUGACUUGGAAGCGAAUAGUGCUAUUCUUGCAGAGGAAAAGCAUCUUCCCCUGUUUCAAGAGUUGAAAAAUCAUCCAGGAGUAGAAUACGUUGCGGGUGGUGCAACACAAAACUCUAUUCGAGUUGCACAAUGGAUGUUACAGAAAAAACACGCUUGUGGCUAUAUUGGUGCUAUUGGAAAAGAUGACUUUGGUGAACAGAUGCGCAAGUGUGCUACCAACGAUGGUGUCAAUGUACACUAUUAUGACGAAGGUGGACAACCUACAGGAACUUGUGGGGUGUUGGUUACUAGUGGUGGCCAAUGUCGUUCUUUGGUAGCGAAUCUUUCUGCCGCAAAUACAUAUCAGUUUGAGCAUUUGAAAAGACCUGAGACAUGGAAGAUGGUUGAAAAGGCUAGUAUUUUCUAUAUUGCUGGUUUCUUUUUGACUGUUUCUCCCGAAUCUGCUGUAGAGGUUGGAAAGCACGCAAAUACCACGAAGAAAACUUUUUGUAUGAAUUUAUCGGCCCCUUUUUUGCUUCAAGUCCCUGUUUUCUUUGAAAGAUUCAAACAAUGUCUACCUUUGGUAGAUAUUUAUUUUGGUAAUGAAGCAGAGGCAGCUACUUUGGCAACUUCAAUGGAAUGGAACACGAAAGAUGUGAAAGAAAUAGCCAUUCGGCUUGCACAACAGCCAAAAGAAACUGGAAGGCCUCGUAUUGUUGUGUUUACACAGGGAAGUGAGCCUACGGUUUUGGUAGUUGGGACGCCUAGUCAAGUAUGGCUCAUCAAAGAGUAUCCCAUUAUUCCUAUCGAAGCCUCGAGUAUUGUGGAUACCAAUGGAGCAGGAGAUGCCUUUGUAGGGGGCUUUUUAUCGGGCUUAGCAAAGGGAGUGACAUUGGAUGAAUGUGUUGCUCGUGGUCACUAUGCAGCACAUGUUAUUAUUCAACGCCCUGGUUGCACUUUUCCAGCAAAGCCUAGUUUUGUUGCAAAUUCAGUUUAGACUAUGUAGCUUUGGUUUAUUCAAAAUAAAAUAGGGAACCCUGACCUGAUGUGUGUUGGAUAAGGUUGUGUUUCAUUGAGUAUUCAUGAGUUGAUAGCCUUUUGUCCUUUGACACAUUGGGACUUGGAUAACACAAAUGGAAAUCUGUUAUUUAGACCCAACUGUGUUUUUGUAGACCUGAGAGAUAUACGAGAGUCAUGAACCAAGAUUUCAUGUAUGUUUUCAUUUUAGAUAUGAAUUGGUUUCCCAUUACGCUGUGAAAAUGGAGAUACAUAGCUAGUUCCAUGGCAACAUUACUUGAAAAGCUGAAAAAGUGAGCUUUCAAUGAGACUACCUACAUGGCUCCUAUUGAAGGAUAGAACAGAUAGGAUGCAUAUUUGUAGGAAAAUUUUCUCGUAUGAAUCUGUUUCAAACGGGAGUGUCAAGAAGGGAUGGAUGCCUUGUUACAUCUCUCUUUUUUUUACUUGAGAAAUUGUGAAGUCCAUUUUUCAUGGAGGCAAUUCGCAUCACUUAAGAGGUGCAUUU